GGAUUCUGUUGAUGAGGAAGAUUUCGAAUCUCUGCACUAUGGUAUCAUCUAUGGUGUAUAUGGAAGCCGAUGUUUUCAGAAUCUAUUUGAGAUUGUUAAAGAGAACGAUGAGAUAGCAGCAGCUAUCAGUGGGAUCUUAGAUGCGUUUCCCAACCCAAUGAAGAAAGAACUUCCAUCUCUGUUGCAAGACGAUGAAUGCUAUUGCACUUACAAGUGA